AUAUUUUUGUAUCGACACAGCGGUCUUAUUGCUUUCAACACGUGCAGUUGAUUUCUGUUAAAUAAAUUUACUGAAACACCGGGUAAAAUGGCAACAAAAAAGCGCAAAGAGCCGCUGUUAUACAUGGAGGAGUACCGGGUGAAGCAGGAUCCACAGGACUACGGCUUAGCGGACGAUGUCUUCUCCUUAGAGUCGUUUAAAGAGAAACUCCACAUUACCAUUGUCAGAAACGACGAGGAGGGCUUGGAGUUCGAUCUGAUCGGUGUUUAUCCGGCUAUUGCCAAUGCGUUUCGGCGCCUGAUGCUCAGCGAUGUGCCUAGCAUGGCCAUCGAAAAGGUCUACAUAUACAACAACACCUCGAUCAUUCAGGACGAGGUCCUGGCCCACCGGAUGGGCCUGCUUCCACUGCGAGCUGAUCCCCGGUUAUUCGCUUAUCGAACGGAGGAGAGUACAGAGGCAGGCACUGAACAGGAUACACUAGAAUUCGAGCUAAAAGUUAAGUGCUCCAGGCGUCGGGAUGCGGGCAAGGAUCAGUCCAACUUCGAUGAUAUUUACAAAAACCACAAGGUUUACUCAGGUCAUCUAAAGUGGCUUCCCAAAGGAAAGCAGGGGCAGAUAUACAGCGAAAACGCAGUGAACUGCAUCCACGAGGACAUACUGAUUGCCCAACUUCGACCGGGACAUGAGUUGGAUCUGCGAUUGGUGGCGGUCAAGGGUCUUGGAAGGGAUCAUGCUAAAUUCUCACCAGUCGCCACGGCCACUUACCGUCUGCUGCCGCAAAUAAAAUUAAAUCGCGAAGUUACCGGCAAGGACGCUUAUCUCUUGCAGAGCUGUUUCUCGCCGGGAGUGAUUGGAAUCGAUGAAAACGAAAGUGCCUAUGUGAAAGAUGCGCGCUACGACACCUGCAGCCGGAAUGUGUACCGCUAUCCGCAGCUGAACGAUGCCGUAACUCUGGCCCGUGUCCGAGACCAUUACAUCUUUACCGUGGAAUCGGUGGGCGCACUCAAGCCGGAAGUUAUAUUCCUCGAAGCCGUAAAGGUGUUGAAAAAGAAGUGUCGAGCGUUCAUAGACGAAAUCGAGGCGGAGUAGUUAUUUAUUUAGUUUGUAAAAAGAUUAUUCUAUGUACAUAAGACAACUAAAAUUGAUAUAAAACGUAA